CAGAAUUCUUGUACCUUGAGAUGGUUUUGGACUUUUUGAAGCUGAAUUUAAGCAGACAAUUUGAAUUAUGGAAUCUGGACAUGAGGGUGGAACUAGCAGUGAAUUGAAGGCGAAUCAAACUGUCACUUCUCCUAAAGGUACCAGCUCCUCCUUAUCCUCUUCAGGCAAAGACCUCAACAAUAAGUCCAAAACAGGUGCUAAUGGCACUCGGUUAGCUUCAGAUAUUAAUGAAGAGGAUUUUGCUAUCAGCUCUCUGUCCAGGCUAGAACAACCAAAUGAUGGAUUGAAUAAUGAAUCGGCAACAGAAUCUCCUCCAACACAGGUGAUGGCGCGAACUGGUGAUGAUGAUGAUAAUGACUCUGGUGAUCCUGGUAGGAUCCCACCUCAUGUGUUUGCUGGAAAUAAAGCUAAUGCUCCGGUAGAAUGGAGUGUUGCUUCUAAUGAAUCCUUGUUUAGCAUUCACAUGGGGAAUAUGAGUUUCACUAGAGAUCAAGUAAGCUGGAUGGGAAAAUCUGGAGAACUUGGUUUAGCUGGUGACAGUCAAUUUUCUGGGCCCUUAAUUGACCUCCCGAGUAUGCAGCCACCAACACCAACACCAACACCAACACCACAUAAAUCACCUGAACCU